CUUGAGGUCAAGGGUUCAACUCCCCCUCUCCCUCCCCUCCCCCCCAAAAAAAUAAUAUAUAUAUAUAAAUGUAUAAUUUGUGUCGGUAAAUUAAUCUGUGUGCUUUGUGACUCUUGAACAAGAGUCUAAAAAGAUGAAGGAAAGAAAGAAGCUUUUGGUAUUCAUUUAUGUUCUCAUAUUUCUCUUCCAAAUUGUGAAUCCAACAAAUUCAGAAAGACCAUGGCCUCAGGCUAAGGCUAAGAGCAAGCACUUUGUGUUGGUUCAUGGGGCAUGCCAUGGAGCCUGGUCUUGGUACAGGUUAGUGCCACUGCUAAGAUCAUUAGGACACACUGUCACAGCUUUUGACUUGGCUGCUUCUGGGAUUGAUCCAAGGCAGUUGAAAGAUAUUCCCUCUGUCUCCGACUACAUCGGUCCUUUGUCGGACUUCAUGGCUGCUCUUCCCCGGCAUCAGAAAGUGGUACUUGUCGGUCACAGCCUUGGCGGCUGGGCGCUUUCUCGAGCCAUGGAGAGGUUUCCAGAAAAAAUUUCUGUUGCUGUUUUUAUCUCUGCUUUAACGCCCGGUCCAACUCUCAAUAUUUCCACCCUUGAGCAAGAGAGGAUGAGAAGACAAGGUCCUCCGCUGGACAUUCGUUACACAUAUGGUAAUGGACCUAACAACCCUCCAACCGCCUUGUUAUUCGGCCCCUUGUUCUCAGCAACAAAUUUGUAUCAGCUCAGCCCCAUUGAGGAUUUGACACUUGCAACUACGUUGCUGAGACCGAUACGUUUGUACAGUAAUGAAGACCUGUCGAAGGAGCUAAUGCUAACGAGCGAAAAAUAUGGUUUGGUUAACAGAGUUUUUAUCAUGGCUAGUGAAGAUCAAGUGAUAAAGAUGGAUUUCCAAAAUUGGAUGAUUGAGAGGAACCCUCCCACUGAAGUUAGAAAGAUAAUCGGAUCCGAUCACAUGGUCAUGAUGGGUAAACCAAUCGAGUUAUCGGUUCAUCUCCAAGACAUUGCUGAGAAGUAUAUUUGAUUACUAUAUAAUUGUCGUUUACACAAAAUAAAGUCAAAUUUUCAAAAAUAAAUUGUAAUGUCAAAGUCUAGCAUGGGAUAAGAGGAUGUUUAGGGUUUAAGUCGUGAAAACAGUUUCUCUUUAUAAGAAUAAGAUUACGUACAUCUAACCUUCUUCAAAUUUCACAAUGACAAAAGUCUCGUGUAUUGGGUAUAGUCUUAGGAGAAAAAAUGGCUAAAAUAGGCUUUUCAUUGCAUUUGUUCCAAAUUUGG